AUGGCAGGCUGGUUCUCAUCUUCAUCCCCGCUCGAUGAGCAGAUCGAGCGAGCGACCGCUUCCUCACUAGAGGACAUUGCUCUUAAUCUAGAAAUUACUGACAUGGUCCGGUCAAAAAGUGUCCAGCCUAAAGAUGCGAUGAGGUCUUUGAAGCGUCGACUGGAGAACCGCAACCCGAACAUCCAGUUAGCAACAUUGAAGUUGACCGAUACAUGCGUCAAAAAUGGAGGCACCCAUUUCCUGGCCGAGAUCGCCUCCCGUGAAUUCAUGGACAACCUGGUGUCACUGCUCAAGGCCGAGGGGGCCCCUUUGAACCCCGAUGUCCAGCGCAAGGUUCUGGAGCUAAUCCAAAAUUGGGCCAUGGCAGCACAGGGGCGCAUGGAUUUAAUGUAUCUGGGAGAGACAUAUCGUAAGCUACAAAACGAGGGUUUCCAAUUCCCGCCAAAGAUGGAAAUGAGUGGUAGCAUGUUGGAAAGUAAUGCCCCCCCAGAGUGGAUAGACUCAGACGUAUGUAUGCGGUGUCGAACAGCCUUCAGCUUUAUGAACCGCAAGCACCAUUGCCGAAACUGCGGAAAUGUUUUCGAUGCGCAAUGCUCCAGCAAAACUCUCCCAUUACCACACCUCGGAAUCUUGCAGCCUGUCCGUGUAGACGAUGGUUGCUACGCUAAACUGACUUCGAAGGCAUUCCCGUCAUCAGGCCUUUCGGAUCGAUCUGCUUUCAAAAACAACUCUAUAACCAAGUCUAGUGCAAUGGAACCUCGCGGGGCCAAGGCAGAUACGAGCUUUGAUGAUGAUCUUCGUCGUGCGCUGGAAAUGAGUCUCGAGGAAGCAGAAGGGCGAGGGCCGUCGGGAUUCGUGCCCCAGACAGGCACCGUGCCCGAGCCAGCAAAGACUAGAUCUGGGCCUAACAAUGUGGAGGAGGAAGAUGCUGAUCUGAGGGCCGCGAUCGAAGCAUCUAUGCGUGAUAUGGAGCAGCAUAAACAGAAACAUGCGGCCGCGUUGAAGAACGUGCCGCCCAGCGAUUCAUUUCGCGAUUCAUCUAGCACACCAACUCCACUGCCGAAGAACCCGUAUGAGCUCAGUCCAGUUGAAGCAGAGAAUAUCCAUCUCUUUGCUACUUUGGUCGAUCGAUUGCAACACCAACCUCCUGGUACCAUUCUCCGCGAACCGCAGAUUCAGGAGCUUUAUGAAAGCAUAGGUGCACUGCGACCCAAACUAGCUCGGACCUAUGGAGAAACUAUGAGCAAGCAUGACACACUCCUUGAUCUCCAUGCGAAGCUAUCAACUGUUGUUCGAUACUACGAUCGAAUGCUGGAAGAGAGACUGACCAGUGCCUAUGCUCAACCAAACUACGGUUACGGUGCACCUGUGGGUAUGCCCCAGUACCCAAGUAUGUCCGGACUGCCCACAUAUGCACCCGAUGUAAAGUCGGGGGUGGAAAACUUCUAUUAUGGAAAUACUGCAGAAGCGUCUCACCCUUCAAAUGCUGGUUAUGGACCUGCCGGUGGUAUCACAAAUCCCGUGUACCCGGCACAGAGUCAACGUGGAUCUGCUGUGAACGAGUCACAUACCGCUGCCUGGGGUCAACAUGCAUAUCCCUCUUUGGGGUCGCCUGCACCGAGUGGCAUUACGCCUAGCAAUCAUGUUUCUCCUGGUACUACUGGUACACCACAAUAUUACGCAGCGGCACCUGAUCAAGAUCCACACGCGGUGCAAUUCUCUGAGGCGCCCUACCAACCAUCUCCCAUAAUGCGACGAGACUCACAAUACCAGCCCAGCGCACCGGGGGCUCCGACGCCUAGUGCGCCAGAGCCGCACUCACCCGAGAAUGUGCAGACACCCCUAUAUUCUACCAUGGCACCUCCACUGCAUCAACAGGCUACAGGUCCUCCACCUCAAUCAUACUAUUAUCAGCCACAGCAGCCUGGUACAGUGCCAGUAGUACCUUCUGGAUACCCACCAAUGGCUACUGGCCAACCGGGACCGUACCCGGACGCCGGACAACAACUCCCCGCAUCCCAUCAACCCGCACAACCAGUGGAAGAGAGCUUGAUUGAGCUAUAG